UCCAACCAGUCAGUGCUCCCUCUCUUUUCUGCUCUCUCCCUCUGUCUCUGUUUCUCUUUUUCUGCCUUUACAUUUCCCUUUCUGCUUCUCUCUCUCUCUCCCUUUCUCUUUCUCUCUCUCUCUCUCUCUUUCUGUCUCCUCGGUUGGCGUGCUCUGACUCCCAGUCACUCAGCUACUCAACUGACGCCUGUCCAGCUGCUGUAUUCACGCCAGGACCCACUGUCAACCCUCAACACCAGCUGCAAAAAUGGCAAUGAGCAGCAUCCUGAACGCUGAUGACAUAAAGAAAGCCCUGGAUGCAUUCAAAGCUGUUGACUCAUUUGACCAUAAGAAGUUCUUCGAGAUGGUGGGGCUGAAGGCAAAAUCGGCUGAUGAUGUGAAGAAGGCCUUCCAUGUACUGGAUGCUGACAACAGCGGCUUUAUAGAGGAAGAAGAGUUAAAGUUUGUACUGAAGGGCUUUGCUUCCAAUGGAAGAGAUCUGACUGAUAAGGAAACCAAAGCCUUCUUAAAAGUUGCUGAUAAAGAUGGAGACGGCAAGAUUGGAGUGGAAGAAUUUGCUGCUCUUGUCCACGAAUAGACAACACUGUCCAGGCCAUCCCCAUCCCGAAUGACUUCUUACACACACACACACACACACACACACACACACACACACACACACACACACUACAUUUUCACUCAUCUCCUACAAUCAUGCUAUUUAAUUUUCCCUGUUUUUUAUACAAAUGUGUGUUUGUGUUAGUGUACAGGUGAAGAGGUGCAAACCUUCAUCUUGGAAGUAUGUACAGUGGAUACUUUAAGAGGAACAGCCCACUCCCUUCAUUUGUAUUAUUCUGCAUUUCAUGUCUUUUCUCUCUUUCCCUUUUCAUUUUAUCAUCUGACCGAUUGCCCUUAUCUCCACUCUCUGACAUUGCUUUGCCCUUGGCCUGUCUCCAUCUCUUCCUUUCUAUUCUCUGGUACAGAGUUGUUGUGAAAUACACCAAAUGAAGGAAGUCAAACUGUGAAAGUAAAAAAAUUAAAUAAAACAUAAAAUUAUGCC